AUGACUAUCAAGACCAGCGUGUUGACCCUCACGGCAUUGACUGUCGGGGGGUAUAUGCUUUUCCACAACACGGGGGAGGACUUCAAUGUGGGGGCCUUCCUUGAACAGACGUCGCCCUACUGGUGGGCGACGCUGGGGAUUGCCGCGUGUAUCGGGUUCCUGGUUAUCGGCGCCGCCUGGGGUAUCUUCAUCACGGGGCUGUCGAUCGUAGGUGCUGGGGUCAAGGUGCCCAGCAUCAGUACCAAGAACUUGAUUCUGAUUAUUUUCUGUGAAGUCGUCGCCAUCUACGGGUUGAUCAUGGCGAUCGUGUUUAGUUCGAAGUUGAACUCAGUGGACCAAGCAAAAUUAUACACCAAAGAGAACAUGUACACCGGCUACUCGUUGUUUUGGGCCGGGCUCACCGUGGGGUUGCUGAAUCUCAUUUGUGGUGUUGCCGUCGGUAUCACAGGGUCUACCGCCGCCAUUGCUGACGCCGCCGACUCGUCAUUGUUCGUCAAGAUUCUUGUCAUCGAAAUUUUCGGCUCGGUGUUGGGGCUUUUCGGCCUUAUCGUGGGCUUGCUUAUGGCAGGUAAAGCUCAAGAAUUCAGUUGA